GAGGAGUGAAAAGACAUGGCAGAGGCAGAAGAAAAAACCAACUCCACCCCUUCCACUCCCGUUGAGUUGAGAAACCCACACAGUCCCAUCGGUGAGAUUCAUCCAAAGCCCGUUCCUCCGCUCCGACAGGGAACCGCGAACAAAAGUCUAAAAACUAUACCUUCAGUUUGUCUGUGCCAUUUCAGCUGUAGAGAGCCUUCCUCUGUCUUCCAUCAGCAGGAAGAGAAGACAGGCUGUGAACAAACCUAGUCAUGAACUGGGCAUUUCUCCAGGGCCUCCUCAGUGGGGUGAACAAGUACUCCACAGCCUUUGGCCGAGUGUGGCUCUCCAUUGUUUUCCUCUUCAGGGUCAUGGUGUUCGUGGUGGCAGCAGAGAAGGUAUGGGGUGACGAGCAGAAAGACUUCAAGUGCAACACAGCCCAGCCAGGGUGCCACAACGUCUGUUAUGACCACUUCUUCCCGGUGUCACAUGUGCGUCUGUGGGCUCUGCAGCUCAUCUUCGUCACCUGCCCUUCGCUGCUGGUGGUGAUGCAUGUCGCCUACAGGGAGGACAGAGAGAGGAAGCACCGGCUCAAGUAUGGAGAAAACUGCCGCAAGCUCUACCAAAACACCGGCAAGAAGCGUGGCGGUCUGUGGUGGACGUACGUCCUGACUCUGGUGUUUAAAAUAGGUGUGGACGCCACCUUCGUCUACCUCCUCUACCACAUCUAUGAGGGAUACGACUUCCCCUCUCUCAUCAAAUGUACUCAGGUGCCAUGUCCCAAUACGGUGGACUGCUUCAUUGCUCGACCCACUGAAAAGCGAAUCUUUACCAUCUUCAUGGUGGUCACUAGCCUGGCCUGCAUCGUGCUGUCUGUUUUUGAAAUCCUCUACUUGAUUGGCAAACGCUGCGCUGAAUGUUUGACAGGGGAAAAACGCUCCCAUCGCCCCAUGACCAACACCAUGUCCAGUGGAAGCAGCCUGAUGGAGGCCAACAACCUAAAGAUGAGCAAAUCCAACACCCCAGAAACACCCGCUCCUUCGUACAGCGUUGCAAUAUCUUGAGAAAACGAGAGUGGGCAAUGACUCUAAGAGAAACAAGACAUGAAAAAGGAAAGGGCUCCUUCCCAAACCACAGGCACUUCCUUAAAAGACAUGUUAGCAGAUGUGUCUUUUCAGAGACUUAAACCUUAAUGGAGGUAGUUCCUUCCUGUGUCUUAGUCAAAGAAGUGGGAACACUGAACUGCAGACUAGAGGAGCAUUGAAAUAAACAGUGUGCUUGCCACAUGUAUCAUUGAUCAAGAAUGUUCUCCCUGGUUUUGGUUCGAGUCACAGUAUUUAUAGAUGAAACGACAUAAGUUUGUGUGUUGCAGUGUCAUAUCCAGCCAUGAGAUCAAUUACUGGAGUCAGCCAAGUAGAGUUAUACAAACACAUAUGGUUUUCUGUCUAAAAUUUUCCCUCUUCUCUGCGCCCAGACUCUCAAUGUUUUGUGUAAGGUUUUACUCCACACUGGCUGUUCUCUUCCAUCCUCAAAGUCAAGACAGCUCAGAUCGACUUCUUUGUGAAUACUGUACUUUAUAUAAUUUAUCUACAAGCCUGAGCGACUGUGCUGUGCAUGUUACUGUCGUUAACUGUUUCAACUGCUUUCACAGGCAGCAGAGAGUAAUGAAGCUGAAAUGCAGUUUUGUAAACAGAUGUUGAGGAUGUGUGUAUGUUAGAGAAAACUGAAAUGCAGCGUGAUUGCAAGAUUGUUCAUAUAUUUUUUUUUUUUAUUAAAGAUCAUUUUCAUUUUUGA